AGGACCCGUCAAUCAUGUGUGCCUAAAAAAUGCUUAAAAUGUACGACACCGGCUUUCGAUUUGACACAGAAAGAGGGAUAAAUGCAGAGAAAGAGAGCGGAAUCGUACGCGAGGUGAAAUGAUGCGACAAAACGCCGUUUUAUGAAUGAUUUGGGGUGUAUUCGAGCAGUUAUGGUGCCACGGACGCGUUUCGUUUCGAUCUGGGAUUGAUUUUUGUGAAUGGAGAUUUCGUCGUAGGCCACGGACAUCUGAAUCAAUUUCAUUAUCUGAUUGAUUUACUGAUCUCAGAUCUGUUUUUAUUUGAGAUUUCGCGAGAUGAAGAGAGUUAAUAGUUUCCAGAGGUUUAUGAACACCCGAGCCGCUGUGAACUGCCGUUACCAGCCCACAUGUUACGAGCACGCAGCCAACUGCUACACCCAUGCGCUGCUGAUUGUGCCGGCGUUCGUGGGCAUGGCUCUGUUACACCGGCUGUCUGAUGACCGCUGGGAGCGGUUCACGGCCUGGGUGUACGGCAUGGGUCUGAUCGCUCUGUUCCUCGUCUCCACCGUCUUUCACAUCAUUUCCUGGAAAAAGAGCCACUUGAGGACCAUGGAGCACUGCUUCCACAUGUGUGACAGAGUCGUCAUAUACUUCUUUAUCGCUGCCUCUUAUACACCAUGGCUCAAUCUCCGGGAGCUCGGGCCGCUCGCCGCUCACAUGCGCUGGUUUGUGUGGCUGAUGGCGGCCGCUGGGACCAUCUAUGUGUUCAACUACCAUGAGAAGUAUAAGUUAGUGGAGCUGGCCUUCUACCUGACCAUGGGCUUCUUUCCUGCGCUGGUGGUGACAUCAAUGAGUAACACAGACGGGCUGUACGAGCUGGCGUUCGGAGGCGUGGUCUACUGCCUGGGUGUCGUCUUCUUCAAAUCAGACGGUGUGAUACCGUUCGCUCACGCCAUCUGGCACGUGUUCGUGGCUCUUGCUGCUGCCAUCCAUUACUACGCCAUCUGGAAGUACCUGUACCGCAGUUCCUCGCUGGAGGACAUCAGGGAUGCUUGAGCUUCCUCCUCCAUCACCAAAACAUCACAACACCAACGGUUACCAGUACGACCAUGCAAUGUUUACGGUUUUCUAUCCAACUGGGAUCAGUGAAGUGUGUGUGUGUGUGUGUGUGUGUGUCACAGUACUGGAUGCACAUUUACCACAGUUGCAACAAGACGGCAAUGUUUGUGUUUUUCCAUUUUCAUCAGUAUUAUGUAAAUACAUUCCACUAAAAGCAGAUGAAUUGUGAUUCUUUUGGAUAUUUAAUUAUGUUUCCGUGCAUUCAGUCACACACACUCACACACACACACACACACUCAGUAGCAUUUUCUUAUCAUCUGUAGUGAAUUACUUUUCUUGUGUGACUUUCUGUAUCAAAUCUGCAUUUUUGCAUCUCAACUAACUGGGUUUUUACUUCAAACGUACGGCUAGUUAUUUUCUACAAAGCGCUGGGGGUUUUCUACCCUCCUUCCCCUGAGUUUCUGCUCUCUCAGCAGGAUUUGAAAGCGUUGCACAGAGCUUUUUUUUCUAUGCGGCACUUUUCUAACAGGAAGAACCACUUCUCUUUGAUACUCCAUUUGUAGGCUGAUGGCAGAUAGAAACGAUGUUGAAUGCUUCUCUGCACAACCAGGUUUAUGGGAUGUUUUAUCUCACCGCCUCAACCACCUUAAAGACACUUUGUGAAGUUUCUGAAAGUUGGCACAAUAUUUGAUGGGUUUGUGAUUCAGAAGUGUUGGCCAAUGACAUGUGAAUGACAUCCUAGAAUAACAUCCUGUGUCUGUUGUGAUGAAUCUGACAAAAACGGCUCAUAUUUCACCCCCAAAUCUUGAAAACUUGAAUUGCAAACAAAAAAACAAAAAAAAGUAGUUUAAUCUGUAAAAUUGCAUUGCAAGAAACUAAAGCAUACUGUUUUUUAGGACCAUUAUUUGUAUUUUUUAUUAUAAUUUUUUUUUUGAUUUGACGUGAAAUAUGACUCUCCAAUGUUUUCUACAGAUUAAUGAGAUGUACUUCGAUAUCGACCGUGCAAUAUGGGCAAACUAAACGUUUCUGAACUAAUGCUCUCUGUCUGCCGUGAUAUCUCUUGCUAAAUGGCGGCAGCAUUCGCUCCUCUUCCCAUCAUGCACAUGACGACCUGACAGCAGCAGGAUCAUCUUUCAUCAUUCCCUGGUUUCUGUCGUGUUUCUGCGAUGCGACACUGUGAAUGCGUUCGUCUUGGAUCGCAGUUUGACUGUGCAGAUCUGUUGAAGCACUGAUCUGAAAGAGAUUCAGGAAACUUCGCAGCUUCUCGCUAGUGAAGUGUUUUUCACACAAAGGCUGAAGCUCUUGUUUUGUGCUGGUCUAUGAACAUCUUCUCCUGUUGUGUCGGAAUAUCCAUAAUUACUUGUUCAUCCUGUAAUGAUGUUAAAGUGAAAGAUUUUUUUUGCAGGUUAAUUAUUAUUUUUUUUGUAAUUGGGUCAUGCAGAGUUUGAUUAUGAUUUGGGGAUGUUUGAUCAGAUGUGUUAGGACUGCAUGAACGGAGUCAUUUUGACCACCUCUUCUUCUCUGGGACAGACUUUUGUAAAAAUCUUUCUACAUCCUGUUUUGGCACAUAAUUCUGCUCUGGCCUUCUCAAAACCAACCACAAAACCUCUUCUAACGCUUCUGAUGUCCUCAUCACACAUCAUUCUAGUGUUUCGGUGCUGGUGUUACUAUAAAGACUACAUGUGUCCAAUAAUGAACAAGUUUCUAAAGUUAAUAAACACGAGCUGUAACUCUCA